UAGAAAUGGCAUGUCAGCCAUCUUGAAUAAAAUCUAAUAAUGGCAAAAAGUGAUACUACAAAUAAAAAUUAAAUGCAGUUAAUCAAUCUCAUUGUUUUCAAAUUACAAAUAUAAAUUUUUGUAGUUAAUUUUAAAGUUUACUUAGCUUUAAAAUAAUUAGUCUUAACAACAGCCGUACUAAAAAGAGAUCUCCAAUAAAACAAAUCAGCUGUUAUCCGUCAAUCGAUGUCAACAAAAUUACAUAAUUUUGUUUGGAAAAACAGUGAAGCAUAUUAUUUUCGAGUGUCAUUUUGAAAUUUAAAAAAACAUGUACAUUUAAAUCGAAUUAUUAGUGAAAUUUUAAAAGUAAAUGUAUUCACUUAUGAUAAAUGUGUUGGCGUGUUUUUUGUGUUUAUGUUUAGAAUGUAGCCAAAAAUUAUAGUCAUGGAUCGAAGCAAUAUUAUCGAAUCGGGAGGUUUUUAUUUUAUACAUAACUUUGAUUCGGGAAAUCUAGGACAUGUGGAGCGAGUACCCACCGAGUUUAUUGCGCCAACUCUCAACCCGAAAACGAACGCGGCAGAGACCCCAGACUAUGAGUUCAAUUUGUGGACACGGCCAGAUUGUGCGGGCACAGAAUUUGAAAAUGGAAACCGUACUUGGUUCUAUUUUGGUGUACAGGCCAGUGAGCCUAAUGUUCAGGUACGGCUUAACUUGAUAAACCUGAACAAGCAAGGCAAAAUGUACAACCAGGGUAUGGCCCCUGUUACACGUACAUUACCUGGCAAGCCACAGUGGGAGAGAAUAAGGGAUCGUCCUAUCCAUUCUACGGACGACAACACAUUCACUCUCACUUUUAGAUACAGAACAGCUGAGAAUCUCAAGGCAACAACAUUCUUUGCAUUCACUUACCCGUUCUCGUUUGCGGAGCUACAAAUUGCACUUAACUCUAUUGACCUGAAGAUGUUACCUCUAGCAACCCAACAAUCUGUCGAUGACAUUUACUACUGCAGAGAAUGUUUAAUAUAUUCUUUAGAAGGAAGGCGAGUGGAUUUGCUGACUAUAUCAUCCCAUCAUGGCAUAACAGCAGAGAGGGAGGAGAAGUUAAGGAAUCUAUUUCCAGAAAACCAGGACAGACCAUUCAAGUUUACUAAUAAAAAGAUCAUCUUCAUAUCUGCAAGAGUGCAUCCAGGGGAGACCCCCUCAAGCUUUGUCUUCAAUGGUUUUCUGAACUUGCUACUUAAUAGGAAUGACCCCAUUGCGAUUCAGCUGCGUAAGCUGUACGUGUUCAAGAUGAUCCCAUUCCUGAACCCUGAUGGAGUAGCGAGGGGUCACUAUAGAACAGACACGAGGGGGGUGAAUCUAAACAGGGUAUACUUAAACCCUUCUCUAACAUGUCAUCCUACUGUGUAUGCAUCCAGGGCGCUUAUAAGGUACUAUCACUUUGGUCAGGAAAAAGAAGAAGAUAUUUGCGAAGAGACCAAAAGUUUCACGUCGCGAAGUAUACAGAACAUUAGCGAAAGUACUGAGUUAACUGAGAAAAAGAAGAAGAAAGUUUCAAACUCGCCCUCUCAUAAAACCGACAAGCAAAAGGAUAAGGCCAAAGCUUCCAACAAGUCUUCCAUCAUUCUCAAGGACACAUCCCUCGAGAGCUGCCGGGAUGUGCAGUCACUGAGCGGCGAGGCGUCUAACUUGGCUGAUCAGGUUUACGAUAUGAAGCUCCAAGAGAAGCCUUCGCAAAUGAGCGACAUAUCCUCCAACAUGUCGACGACGAACGUGGAAGAAACCUCGUCGCUUCUCAACGACAACGUACUGCGAUCGUGUCUGGGGUCCAACGUUCAUCUCAGCACGAGCGAGGAGUUGAACAUCCAGGGCAGCAACCCUUUGAAACCCUUGAGAGACACUCUGAAGAACAGUAUCAGUUUACUGAUGGAGUCAAGCUCUUCCGUACUUGACGAGGGUUCCGGAGCAGAGACAAAAGGGCCCGCCAGUAAAGUGAAGAUGGGCUGGUGUCGCGAGUGUCGGCUGGCGGUCGAGCGUCUUGAAGACACCAUGCCAGGGAUUACUAACCUCGUGCCCGGAUAUAGCGCUACUAUGACUUCAGAGAACGAUGCAGACAACAAUGAAAGCGACGAUAAUGUAUACUUCUGUACUAAUUGUUUCAAGAGAUACAUCGUUACCGAAAACAAUGAAGAAAUUAAGCUGUUGUGCGCCGUGGUGGAGACGGCGUCGCACGCCAGCGUGGGCGUGUCCGCGGGCGACGGCAGCGACGUGCGCGCGCCGCCCGCGCCGCGCUCCCCCGCGCCCAGCCUCGGCGACUCGCUCGCUCCGCAACCACCACCGAAGGACGAGAAGCCAAAGCUUACGAACACCAAGGACAAGCAACCAAAGAAGAAGCUCCCCACGGUCACUCCUGUGCCGUUGCUGCCUCGAGUCACACACAAGGAAAUAGAGUCUGGACUGUACUUGUACAUUGAUUUACACGGACAUGCAUCCAAAAAAGGCAUAUUCAUGUACGGCAACCAUUUCGAGGAGCUGGAGAGCUGCGUGGAGUGCAUGCUGCUGCCGCGCAUCAUGUCGCUCAACAACCUGCACUUUCACUUCUCCUCGUGCAACUUCACCGAGCGGAACAUGUAUCUCAAAGAUAGACGCGACGGCAUGUCACGCGAAGGAUCAGGCCGCGUCGCAGUACUGAAGGCCACCGGCCUGGUGCGCUCCUACACCCUGGAGUGCAACUACAACACUGGCCGGCUGGUCAACGUGCUGCCGCCCACCGCGCGCGAGGGGCCCGGCGCUGUGCCGCCCGCCACGCCGCUGCCGCCCAAAUACACCCCCCACAUAUUCGAAGAGGUAAGACACUGUCGCGCUAAGAAUGUGGAGGGUUUUGAAGAGAUAGACCCGGCGCAGGUGGGCCGUUCCCUGGGCUCGUCUAUCCUGGACCUGACGGGGCAGCAUCCCAACUCGCGCAUCCCGUGCUCGGAGCACCGCAACCUGUCCGCCGUGCGCGAGUGGCUGCGUGCGCACACGCGCACCAUGCGCCCGCAAUUGACGAUGUCUCGUCUCCGACCGAAGACUGCGUCCCCGACGAGGGUGCCGCUCUACGCUCGGUCUAAAGCCAAAGUGACGGACGAACGCAAAGAGAACGCAUACGUCGCGGCUAAAUCGGACUCAGAAAGAAAACGGAGCCCCCCCGUACUAGCGCAGCGCUCCGGUGAGACCAUAAACAUGAACAUGAAGUUCGCCAAAAAGAACGAGCCCGUCAAAAGCACGUCCCGAACGCGUUAUUUGGCCGAGAACGAACCGAAACCGAAAACCCUCUCAACAAAACGAAGGAACAUACUGGCGGUUCGGAAACCUAAUACUUCAAAAACGCAAACGAGCGGUAUCGUCAAAGCGAAAGUCAACAGAAGAGCCGCAGAUGACUCUGACAACUCCCGCGCGUUACUGACGACGAAGUUGAGUAAACGGAGUUUCUCGCGUGCUUUGCGUGUCUCGCGUGCUGGCACUAACCGUUGCCGUGCGAUGGCUUCUUCCUCCUCCGAUGACGUGAUUGGCGGAGGCUGGGAGGACGUGUCGGGAGGGACUGCGUUGGGGGAAUCCUCGAUAGCGGCCAAGCGUCGCCCUUUCUCGAAUACUUCGCCCUCUCAACUCAAAAAGAUCAGACUAAAAUCAGGUUUGUAGCGCAAACCGCGCGCGAGGAUCGCCUCGGACUCCCGCUGAGGGACCGAGGACCUCAACGCGCACCGUCUAAAAUAUGUAAAAAAAUCUCUAAGAACCACAAAUUUGAACGGCAGAUUAGGUGUUUUUUUAAUUUGGCAAUAAAAGUCAGCAAAACUUGUUAUUCACAAUGUUUUCUAAUUAUUAUCGGUCGCUCAAGUCUGUGGUUUUCGUCGCGCGGUCUCUGUGGCGGCUAGUUCAAUUUUAGAUACAUUUUGUGGUUAGCCUAGAUAUAUUGAUGUUUGAUAAUUAUUACCGUAAAACUUGACUGCCACUACGUAUUUAACCCCAAAAAGAUUAGAUAAACAAUGAUGAUUAACGUAAAGGUAAAUUGCAAAGGCAAUAUCUUUUACGAACGAAUUAACAUAACAGCCAAGCGUUUUCAAAGACUAAAACGUUCAAGUUCGUCGAUAACACUCCCAUGAUAUGCGGGCGACAGUGAAAAGACUACGCGUGUGUGAAGUCGUGCGUGCGAGGAAGUGACGUGCAUGUCGUGGGUUUUUCAUUCAUCGCUACACGUCCCGUGGCCCACGCGCGACAUCGGGAGUGUUAUAAACAAAGUUGCCAAGCUAUAAAAAGUAAUUCGAGAAAUUACCCCAUUUUCGAGUAUUAUAGUACUCAGACCAAUUAUAGAAGGACCAGUAUCGCAGCCAAAAACGAAAUUGUCUGUAGAGACAGUUAUUAUAAUCGCAUUAGAUCAUUGAUCAUAUACUUCAGAAAAGUAACGUCUAGCGAGGCAGCUCCUAUACAAUAAUUGGUCUGAGUCGCAGUAGCUUAUAUGAGAUGUGAAUGCAAUAUAUUUUUGUUCAAAAUUAAUUUUUUGAAAAAAGUCCUAGUACAUUUGCACAUUAUUGAUUCUCAAAAUCUAUAUUGUACACCCAAAUUUUUUUUUAAUGUUUUUGAAUGCAUUUUAUAUUUGUUUUCGUUGCUUGCCUUUUAAAUUCGGAUUGUUUGAUUGUGCAUUAUGAUGGUCAUAUCUAUAAUUACAAGUUAUUUUGUACAAAAAUCUGAUAUUUGUGAUGUGCAUGUUCUUUUUUUUCUUUCACACAAAAGAAAUUAUAUAUUAGUAUAUAUAAUUUCUUUUGUGUGAAAGUAUUAGUAUAUCCUUAGUCUUUUUAGUCUACUACUACUACUACUACUAGUUGGGCAUACUCCGACCCAAUAUCACGUGAGUUUUAGCCGUGUUUCAUAAUCAAUUAAUAUCCUUAGUCCUUAGACUGAGGAACAAUAAUAUUUUAUUCAAGACCGACCAUUUUUCAUACAUCCAUCCAGAUUUAAUGAACGAACCGUAGUCGUACGACAUCGAAACCCGUUUAUAAAAAAACCCGUGUCUUAGCUUAGCGCUCACAGGCAGAUGAUUAAAUUAAUAAUAUGGUUAUGCAUUGCUGAUGCUUCUUAAGCCCUCAUUCGCACGAGAGUUUUUUUAACGUACGUUAAAAAGCGUUAGUAAGAAGAUAAAUGAAGGUCUAUUUACAACGCCCAAAAAACGCUGUCGUGUGAAUUUUUAACGUCCGUUAAAAAAAACUCUCGUGCGAAAGGGGGCUAAGCCUAACAUUCAAAGAUUCUUCUGGAAGAGGAAAGUCUAUAAGAUUACCGAAAACAAUUUGGUUAAUGCAUAUGGCUGCUAUUUGUUAUAAAUUAUUAUUAUCAAAAAUAAUACCAAAUAUUCCGUUUGAACUUGUUCGCUUUAUUCAAGAGCACCAAUUUGCUAGAGCAAUGUAGUCUUGAAAUAGUUAUAUAUUUUUUGACUUUAGUCAAACCUACACCCAAUGAUGUUAGAAGAAAAAAGAGGUAGAUAGGUUACUUGGACCACAUCCGAUGUUUACAACUGGCACAUAAAUUAUUUCAGCGGUAUUGUCAACAGCGAUGACAGUGCGGCGACUGAGCUCAGGUUUGCUAAUUAGCAUAGUUUUAACCUAACCUAUCUAUUUACUUCUUUUUCCUUGUAACAUGAUUGCCUACACCGAUUUUUUAGGAAUUGUUUUUUUCUUCGGACUUCCUUUAGAAAACACUUUAUUAGGAAUGAGAAUUGUGUAGAUUAUAUUGUAUAAUAUAUUAUAUACAUUAAAAUAAAUUUAGACGUGGAAUUUUGUUCUUUAAAAAGACAAGAUGCUACAUAAAAUUGUAAACUUUAUAUGGAAUAAUUUAUCUAGAUCAGGGCCCAGGGGUAGGCAACCUGCGGUUCUUUCGAUGUGAAGUUACGCUUUUUUAGUUCCAUGCGUAAAUAUUAAAUGUUUUAUUAGGAAAACGUUUAAAAGUUGUGCAAACUUUUUCACCAAAAUGCAUCAAACUUUCGCACGCGUUUACUUAGUAUUUGACUUUCCAUUCCAUGCUACGAAUAAAAGAUCAAUCAUUGGGAGAAGACCUACAAAUACUUAUUUUUUAUUUUUAAUAAACUAGUACUAUGUUACAAUUAUAUUACAUGCAAGAAUAAUAUUGGCAAAAAAAAUUUAGUGGCUCUUUAAAAACAUGAAAUGUUAUUCAAUAUUUUUUGACUUUUCUAACUCAAAAGGUUGCUGACUCCUGGGCUAUAUGAAUUUCCACGAAAAGCGAGCCAGGGAAGUAAUGAUCUCACUGUAAAUUUUACAAGCUCUUGAUACAUUUGCUGAGACAAAGUUUGUUUCAAUAUUAGUUUGGUUGGAUAGUUUACGUAAUAACUAAAACAAUUAAUAUAGACAAAUUUAGGUUUGUAAUAAAAUAAUAAAUAAUGUUGUCUUGUACUGUAAAAAUCCAAUAGAUUGUUGGUAUAUUAGAUAUUUAAGGUGAUUAUUAUACUGGUGUUUGUCUAGUUGUAUGUGCCCAAACACUUCUCUAUACUAUAUUACUAGACCUGAAUUUAAAAAACUAUUGGAAGAAACUCUUUUGAAAUGCUCCCAUUCAUUAUAUAAAAUUUGUACCUAAUUUUGAAUAUUUAUAUAGAGAAAUCAAGGGAACAACAAGGCUCAGAGAAUACUGAAAAUUAUUUGUUAAAAAACAGUUUUGCCUUGUCUAAUAAUAAUAAUCAGACGAAAACUAUUUAGUCUGGUUAGAAAUUAUGAAUAAUCAAGGCCAAUUUUAUGGAGAUGGGACUGUGGCUUUGAAAGAUACGGGCCCAGACCCCCAACCGUUCAUUGCUCUACACUCUACAGAUAAUAUUUCAUGUUGAUGGGCGUCAGAGCAGUGCCCUAUAGACAUUCGUUCUGCAAUAGGGGGUUUGUGUAUGGUGUAGGUAUGCCUCAUAAAGCAUAAUAUGAUUUAAAAACAAUGCUAAUUUUGUAGAAAGUUUGGAACAAAAAAUAAAGAGAAUUGGAAAAUGACAGAAUUAUGAUAAUUAUAUUUGUUACAUUCUAAGAAACUGGUUGAAAGCACGUUCUAAUAGGCUACAAUGCUCUCAUAUGGCAGUCUGGCCGCUCAGAGAUUGUGUUCCUGACUGGUCGUGAUCGAAUGGGCGAUGUAACUUCAAACUGGCGUACAAGGUUGUUGAACUGUACUGUUGAAAGGGCAUGCCAACUUGUCUUUGUAGUGAUGAGACAAAAAACGAGGCAAUUGUAUUGUGUCAUUCUGUCACGACUUGUUAAAAACGCAAUCUCUGAGCAGCCGGACCUUAGUGACAAACUUUCAACCUUUCUAAAAUAGUAGGUAUGUCUUGGUUUUCUGGCUCUAAAGUCUCAUUGUUGGGUCUAGUAGUAUAUUGAGAAGUUUUUGUAUUCAUAAUCAUAACAGUGCAAUAUUAAAAAGUUAUACUUUUUUGAUACAAUAAUGUAACAUUUUAUAUGCAUAUAGGAAACUUACAUAGGUACUUUAAAAUUCAUGUGCUCGUGUAAGAUAUGUUUAUCAUAGAGUAACAAUAUGUAUAUCAAAUAGAAACUAUUUAUUUAUAAAAACAAAAUCUUAAUAUAUUAAUAACAUACAA